CAUCCUGGCACCAUCUAUCCAACAACCCAAUCGUCUUUCUCUCUCUUCUACCACGCAGCAAGCGCCUCCAAGCUUCACUGUUCAUUCCGGAGGAGAAAGGAGCCAUCUUUUGCAGAAUCUUAGCAUUACUACCUGCUGAGUAUUCCUUUUUUGCGCUCUCCAUCUUCUCUAAAGAGAAGGGGAAUAAUGGGGAAGGAAGUGAGGUCGGAUUGUGAGACAUGGCCGACACUGUGCCGGAAAAGCAAUCAGAUCUGGUUGAAGCUCUUCGUUUCCGUCCUCCUUGUGGGCGUCUCAUUCCGCCUUUUGUUUCUUCGCUCUUCCUCCGUGCUUCCCGUCUCAGAAACCCCUGCUGUCGCCAAGAAAACCGAGUAUCAGUUGAAUGCGACGAGUGAAAAAUGUGAUAUUUUCACUGGAGAAUGGGUUCCAAGUCUUUCAAGACCUCCUUACACAAAUGAAAGCUGCCGUUUUAUUGAAGACCCCCAGAAUUGUUUGAAGAAUGGACGUCCGGACACGGAUUAUCUUUAUUGGAGAUGGAAACCAUAUGGUUGCAGUCUACUUUCUUUCGAUGGAGAGAAGUUUUUGGAGAAAAUGCGGAAUAAAGCUUGGGCAUUGAUUGGUGAUUCAAUUCUUCGCAAUCAUAUCCAAUCAUUGAUAUGUCUUCUAUCUAAGGCUGAGGAACCUGUUGAGGUCUACCAUGACAAGGAUUUCAAAUCUAGAAGAUGGCACUUCCCUUCUCACAACUUCACACUCUCUCUUGUGUGGGCACCUUUCCUGGUUAAAGCUGAAAUUUUUGAGAAUGAUGACGGCCAAUCGGAUUCUGAUAUUCAACUACACCUCGACACCCUCGACAGUAAAUGGACCGAGAAUUAUCGCGACUUCGACUACAUUGUGAUCUCUGCUGGGCAGUGGUUUCUGAAAACCGCAAUCUACUGGGAGAACCGCAAAGUUGUUGGUUGCCAUUACUGCCCUGGGAAGAACUUAACAGAACUCGGGUUUGAUCAUGCAUAUCGAAUGAGCCUCAGAAAGCUCUUCAAUCACAUUCUAUCAUCUGAUCAUAAGCCCUUAGUUAUUUACCGAACCUGGACACCGGAUCACUUCGAAAACGGAGAGUGGUUCAGCGGGGGGACAUGCAACCGAACUAAGCCUUACAAGGCCGGGGAAUUCCGUGGCAGAGACGUCGAUCAUCUAAUGAGGAACAUUGAAUUGGAGGAGUUUCAGAAAGUGAAAGCUAGAAGUUCUGAGGACGGAAUUCGUCUCAAGCUCCUGGAUACCUAUAACCUUUCCUUGCAAAGACCUGAUGGCCAUCCAGGGCCAUAUAGAACAUUCCACCCUUUUGACAAGGAGAAGAAUGCUCUUGUCCAGAAUGACUGUCUACACUGGUGUUUGCCUGGUCCUAUAGAUGCCUGGAAUGAUUUGCUUAUGGAUAUGCUGCUCAAUGAUUCAUAACUUUAUUCAUGUAUUUGGAUUAUGAGAUUCUUCACUGUAUUUGCUUCAUCA